AUGGAUGAGUUUAUAGACAUGAAUGAAGAAGAUGCUCUGGCUGAGAUAAAUUUGGAAGCUACACAACUAGAAGAACAGCAAAGUGAAACUCAUUCUGGGGAAUCAGCUCAAGCUCAACGCAAGAGACGUAAAACAUCACGGGUUUGGGAAGAUUUUGUAUCAGUGGGGAUAGAAAAUGAUGGCAAAGAAAGGGCCAGAUGCUUGCAUUGUUGUAUGAAGUUGGUGACACGUAAUGAAAAGAAUGUGAGCUGUGGAACUCAUCAUCUACAACGCCACUUGGAAACUUGUCCAAAGAAGCCUCCAAAGGAAGCUAAGGAUGCAUAUGAUCACAAGAGAGAUCGUGAGAUGGUUAGUGAGGUAAUCAUUUAUCAUGAUCUUCCGUUCAGAUACGUAGAAUACGAGAAGGUUAGACAACGAGACAAGUAUCUGAAUCCAGAGUGUCAGCCCAUUUAUAGACAAACGGCUGCAGCAGAUGUUUAUAAGAGGUAUGAAGUAGAAAAGGAAGAGCUGAAGAAAGUGUUUGCUAGACAUACUGCUCGGGUUUGCUUUACUUCUGAUCUUUGGACAUCUCGUCCUAAUAGCAUGGGAUACAUAUGUCUUACUGCCCACUUCAUAGAUGAUGGCUGGAACUUGCAGAGUAAGAUUCUUGCUUUCUGCGAUUUGAAGCCUCCACACACAGGAGAAGAGAUUGCUAACAAGAUUAUGGAGUGUAUGAUGGAAUGGGGUUUAGAGAAGAAGGUAUUCUCUAUUACCUUAGACAAUGCUAAUAAUAACGACAGUAUGCAGAGGAUCCUCAAGGGACAGCUUCAGAUGAUGAGUGGUUAUGGCUUAUUGUUGGAUGGCAAGUAUUUACAUGUGAGAUGUUGUGCGCACAUCCUGAACUUGAUCGUGAAAGAAGGCUUGGAAUUAGCGAAAGAUCUCUUGCACAACAUCAGGGAAAGUGUGAGGUAUGUGAAAGCAUCUCAGACAAGAAUUCAAGCCUUUGCGGCAUGUGUAGAGCGAGUGGGGAUUCCUGGUGGAUCUGGUUUAUCACUUGACGUUGCUACCAGGUGGAACUCUACUUAUGAAAUGCUCGUUAGAGCGUUAAAGUUUAGGGAAGCAUUUAAAAGCUUGGAGGCUUUUGACAGACACUACAGAUGGCUACCUUCUGAAAGAGAGUGGGAUCGUGGGCAAAAAAUAAAAGUUUGGAGGAUUGAGUUAUUGCUGAAGCAUUUUGCGAGCUGUGAUGAUUUUGAUUUGAAGCAGAUGGCUAAGGAAAUGCAAAUUAAAUUUGCUAAGUACUGGGAGGAUUACAGCAUCAUUUUGGCUAUGGGGGCAAUUUUAGAUCCGAGGCUGAAGUUGGAAGUUCUUGAGAAAGCUUAUGAGAGAGUGGAUCCUUCUACUUCUAGUUUAAAAACUGAAGAGCUUAGGACUAAUUUGACUAAACUUUAUAAAGAGUAUCAAGCUAGGACUUGGGGCAGUUCUUCUGGCACUUCAUCUACACCAACUCCACAUGAUCUAGUUACUGAAUCACCUCUUGAAGAUGAUUUUAACAAUGUAAGUUUCAAGCAUCUUUACUCUUAA